AUGCCUCGCCGACAAUUCAUCGAUAAGAAGACUGCGACAAACUUUCGUCUCGUCCACCGCGCGCAAAAUGACCCCCGAAUCCACGACGAAGAUGCCCCGCAGAUGGUCUUCGCUGAGACCAUCGCGCCGAACCAGCGCGAAGAGUCCGAGCCGGCGGGAAGUUCACGUGCAUCGCAAUACUCGGCAGCGACGGGACGCAGCAAGAUCAAGUCAAGGCGCGACCUAGAAAGCGAGUAUGGCGCCAAAGUACGGAAGAAUGAGGGUGAAGCCGCCAACUACGGCAUCUACUACGAUGACACAGAGUACGACUACAUGCAGCACAUGCGCGACCUGGGCUCGGGCGCCGGCGAUGCAUACUUUGUCGAGGCCAAGGCCGAGAAGAAGGGAAAGCAGAAGAUGGAUUUGGCGGACAUGCUGCGCGACGCAUCGCUGAGCGACAGCCGAAGCCAGGCUGAUCUCAGCGUGAGCAGCAACAUCAGCAGCGUGAGCGACUUUUUCGGAGAAGACAUGGCACCUUCAGAGUUCGUACGCAAGUCAACCUACCAAGACCAGCAGAACAUCCCAGACGCCCUCAAGGGAUUCCAACCCGACAUGGACCCCCGACUACGAGAAGUGCUCGAAGCGCUAGAAGACGAAGCCUAUGUCGAGGACGACGAAGACAUCUUCAAUGAACUAGCCCAAGAUGGCUACGAAGUUGACCAACGAGAGUUCGAAAGCGCCGACUUUGACGCCGACCAAAGAAACCUCAUGGACCGCUUCCUCGACGAAGAAGACCCAGGUUGGGAAACCGACGACACAAUCAAAGCCUCCUCCCCCAAACUCCGCGCCCAGAAACCCUCCAAUGAACCCACCGAUCCGUCCUCCCUCCCCGCUCCAGAUGAAGCCCCCGCCCCAGCCGACGCCGCAGACAUGGCCUACCUAGACGAAUUCAAGAAAUUCAAACAAGACGUCAAAGCCGCGAAGCCCACCGCCAACAAGCCGGCAGCAGACGACCAAUCCUUCAUAACAGGCGCCUCAGCCCUCACAUCCGGCGGCCGCAGGAAGAAGCGAAAAGGCGCCAAGACAUCCACCUCUGGCUACUCCAUGUCUUCCUCCGCUCUCCACCGCACUGAAGGUCUCACCCUGCUCGACCAGCGUUUCGAUAAAAUCGAAGAAGAGUACGCUGAUGAUGGUUUUGGCAACUACGAUUUCCCCGAAGACGACGAUGCUUCCAUGGUGUCUGGAAUGAGUAAGAUGAGCGGAAUGAGCAAGAUGUCUGGUAUGAGCGGCUGGUCAAGUAGCGAGGCGCCGCCACUAAGAUCGGAUUUCGAUUCCAUCAUGGAUGACUUUUUGGGAAACCAUCAUACGCAGGGCAAGAGUGGACGUAGGGUUAAGAAGGGGAAGCAGCAGAGUGGGCUUGAGCAGUUGGAAGAGGUGAGGAGAGGACUGGGAGCGCCAAAGGUUAAGCCGCAGGACAGGUUCAGUGUCUUGAGAGCUUGA